AUGUCAACAUCAUCAACUAAUACUAAAGUUAAUAAGAACUAUAACCAAAAUUUUAAAAAAGAUUUAAAAAGAAAAGAGAUUGAAGAAGUAGUUAAAGAAGAAGAAGAAGUAUUAAAAGUAGAAAAGAAGAAAUUAAAAACAAAGAUUAGUAAAGAUAAGAAAAAAGAAAAAGAAGUAGAAAAGAUAGAGAAGAAAGAGGAGAAGAAAGAAGAGGAAGAAGAAGAAGAAGAAGAAGUUGAAGAAGUAGUAAAAGAAAUAAUAAAAAAAGAUGUUAAUAAUAAUGAGGAAUUUAAAUUUAUUAUAAAUUUAAAUAAUAUAAUUUUAAAAGAAACCCUGUUAAAAGAUAAUGCAAGAGUUAGAUUUUGUUCAAGAUUUCUUACGUCUGAACUAUCGACCUACUUGUAUCAACAUCUUAGGGAAGAUCUUGGAUUGAAUUAUGAACAUUCAAAGAUCAAAAUGUAUGGCAAGGAGAUAUUCAUUCCAAGAUUACAAUCGUGGAUGAGUAGUCCAACCGACAAUCCACCAUCAUUGUUUCAGAAACAACCUGCUCGUGAAUGGUCAGUACCCAUGCUUCAUCUCAAACACCAGUUGGAAAGCUUGUUGGGUCAGACUUUUGAUUAUGUGCUGAUUAAUUAUUACCGUGAUGGCAAUGAUUACAUUGGAUACCAUUCCGAUGGUGAAGCCAAGAAAGAAGCAUUCAAUGUAAUAGCAUCGGUCAGUCUUGGCACCACCCGUCGUUUUAUCUUGAGAAACAACAAAGACAACAAGGAAAAAGUAGAAUACUCUUUGAAUAAUGGAUCGUUGUUGGUCAUGGACAGAGAUACUCAAAGUACCUGGAAACACCAAGUCCCCAAACAACCAAAGGUUCUUACUCCAAGAAUUAAUCUAACUUUUAGAAAGAAUAAUAAUGUUGUUGUUGCUAAAAAAAAAAAAUUAAAUAAUUAA